GGCGGCUUGCGGGCCCACAGCGCCGGCCGGGCCAUGUCGGCGUUGGAGUGGUUCGCGCACAAGCCCCUGGGUGGCGGUAUCUUUUGGAUCCAGGAACGAUUCUACGAGUCGGGCAACCGGGCCAACAUCUGGCUGGUGCGGGGCUCGCAACGAGACGUGGUGAUUGACGCGGGGCUUGGACUGCGCAGCCUGCCCGACUACCUGCGUGACGCCGGGCUGCUGGCGCCGGCCGAGGGCGCCGGGCCGCGGCCGCUGCUGGCCGUGGCUACCCACGUCCACUUCGACCACUCGGGCGGGCUGCAGCACUUCGAGGAGGUGGCGGUGCACAGCGCCGAGGCGUCGGCGCUGCUCCAAGGCGACAAUUACGAGGCCGUGACCUGGCUGUCAGACCGGGAGGUGGCGCGACCGCCGCGGCCCGGCUGGAGUGCACGGCAGUUCCGCGUCCCGCCCGUCCGGCCCAGUCGCCUGCUGCACGAGGGGGACGUGAUCAACCUCGGAGAUCGACAGCUCACUGUCAUGCACAUGCCUGGUCAUUCACGAGGCAGUAUUUGCUUACAUGACAAGGACCGGAAGAUUUUGUUCAGCGGAGAUGUGGUGUAUGAUGGAUCUAUGAUCGACUGGCUUCCCUACAGCAGAAUCAGUGACUACAUUGCAAGCUGCCAGCGCCUGAUGGAGUUAGUAGAUAGAGGUCUUGUGGAGAAGGUACUACCUGGGCACUUUAAUAUAUUUGGAGCAGAAAGGCUGUAUUGUUUAGCUUCCAACUACAUUUCCCAAGCUGGAAUCUGUCACAAGAUCUCUACGUGUGCUAUGAGAUCCAUUGCAAGCAUAGCACUUCGUGUUGCAAAUUCAAGAAUCACUUCUCAGUGACAGUCAAUUUUGUGUGAUCUGUCACAUGCUGUAAAACCAAAUGGGUUGUGAAAGCAUCAAUAACAAGCAGAAGCAGUAUGUGUUAGCAAAAAGAUGGCCAAUUGAUAGAGGUGAGCUCAAAAAUUCUCCCUGUUUUUUCCUAUUUUAUUCAUAUUUUUAUAAAAACUCUGUAAACUAGUAGCUUUAGCCAAAGCUAUAGUUUUUCUUUCUACUUUUUCAGAGCAUGUUUUUACAGGUAUUGCAAUAUAUUGUUUUAUUGAAAUAUAUUGUUUUAUUUAUUUAAAUUGAAAUAUUUUGCUUUAUUUUUGUUACAAUCUGGCAGAUGGAUAAAUACUAAAAGGAGAGGUUUUACAUUCAUGCUUGAAACCUUGUUGAUAUAGUACUAGACUUGUGAUUAUUCAUCAUCUCCUGCUCAGGUUUUGACCUGAGAGAGCUCUUGUUAAGAUCUAGUGUGUGGUAGGACCAGUGCCAUUAGGUCAGAGCAGGAGCAACACCUCUGCAGGAGUCCGUGAGCAGAAAGUGAUAAUUCUGUAGCCAUUGCCACCUGUGGGCAUGGUUAUCUGCUGCACCUCUCACCACUUGAAGCUUUAUCUUUGCAAAGUACUCGUUUGGCAUUUUCUUUAGAGUACAUAAACACGUGGAAAUUCUAUAGACCAAACUUUCAAGCUGUAAGUCACAGAUACAUCAGUUUAUCACAAAAGCUUUUGGUGCAGACAGACUGUUGAGGCUUUCAUGUUUCCUGGUGUGGUGCAGGGAACCACUGCACCAGGCGAAAGGGAGCAAGCAGGAGCACUCUCACCAUUGGCUAGGGAACUGUUUUGUUUGUAGGCUUGCGAGUUAGCAAUUAGACAGUUUGUGAACUAGUGAAUUAAGGUGUUACAUUACCCUGUACAAAGUGGACUGAGAUUUUGCUGGAUGUGUUUAUUUUUUUCUGAUCAGCUUAUAAAAAUAUUUGGAGAGUUUGUUGUUCUGGAAAGCUGAGAGAAGGGAACUGUGACAAACUUAAGGCAUUUGUUUAUGCUAAAGGAUAUUUUUAUGUGACAGUGUUGUAACUUGGUUGUUAAUCAUCUGUGUUAGGGGAGGGAUUGAGACUUUAACAUGACCUUGCCAUAGUGAAGGUGCUGCAUUAAGCAGCCAGUACACUUUUUAUCACAAAGUGAAUGUAACUCAAAUGGUUUACUGUUUGCAUCUGAGGUAUGUGCUGCACGUAAUUGUUCUGAAAUGUAAAGUGUGUUGCAUUGAGUUUGUUCCAAAAAAUAUGUUGAAUAUAUUGAGAAAUGCUAAAUAGCAUUGCAAUUUGCUUAUGAAAAUUGAAUGGGUGAUAUUUAAAAGCCGCUGAAAUGGUUAGUUUGUGUAAUUAUUUUAACAGUUUGUAUAUAUUUAACUUUUUUAAAUGGACACUGUCAGAAUUUAUUUUUGUACAUAGACAUAUAUAUGUUCAAAAAAAGACUGCAAAUGCUUCUCUCAAAUUUUAGUGCAGUUUAACUUUUCUUAUUUGGCUUUCACUUCAUGCAGAAGGUUUUGCCCCCAUCAUAGUCAAUAAUAAGAGAGCCAGAGGUUUGUGCUCUGUCUUAAGGCAUGAGGGAGAGGAAGUUGAUAGCCUUCUAAAUAGAUGCAAAUUCUUGUGGAAAAAAGACUAACCUAUUACAAAAUUUAAAAAGCAACUCUGUCUAAAAAUGAUAAAAGCAAGUAUCUUAGGUAAGGCUUUUUCCUUUUCAUAGAUGACUGCACUCCUGCCUUUACUGUGAAUAUAUUCUUCACCAGGAUUUGUAUUGAUUGUUGCCUAGUUCUUCUUAGAAGUGCCUAUCUCCAAGCUCAAGCAAAAUUGUGAGUGAGCAGGCCAUGUGCAGAGAUGCAGCACUUCAAAGACCUGUUACUUGUCAGUUCACAGUCUCUUUUUUUUGAGAAAUCCAUGUACAUCAGUGUAUGAUGAGGAGUGUUCAGUGGGUAGACUUAUAUCAUAAAACCAAGAGGUGUUUAUCUUUGCCUCAGUUGGCAGAGGAAGAAAUACAAAAACAGCAUGGGAAGCAGGCUGAAGUAUAUGUAUUUCUAAAGCUUACACUGGUUAUCGAGAGGAUGCCAUGGUGUCACAGGUUACCUCACAUUAUUUGAAUUCCUGCAAUUUAGUUGACAGUGGUGUAACACCAGUAAUAAUCAUUCUUUUUAAGCAAUGCAUUUGUGAAGACUCUGGGAGCCCUGGUGGUAACCCUGUGCGUUAAAGCAGUCACCAAGAAAUCCAAAGCCUGCCAAUAUGGAUGUCAAGUUGCUAAGUUUUGCAGAUGUUCACUAGAAAAGUAAGAUCACUUUGAAUUGGGAUUCUGUGUUAUACUUCUAUCAGUUUGUUUAUUUGAUCCAAUAUUAGAAUCUCUGUAGCCAGAUUUUACUAUAUUUUAAAGCCUGAGCUUUUAUGAGAAGACUCACAGGCAACAUCAGUUCAGAAGGAAAGAAUAACCUCCAUCCUCCAUUAUUUGUGUUUAAAUCUGUGCUCAAUAUCUCUAUCAGCAAAGAUCCUUAAAUGGUCAGAUCACUGUCAAAAUGCUCUAUUAAGCUAUGCUUAAGUCCACUAAGUACGAACCAAAACUUUGACUUUUUUACUUUACCAAAAUCUAGGGGAUAAUUUCCUAGCUCAGAAAUGAACUUUACAUGCACGUAACCCAAAGUGGAGUUUGUUAGUAAACUGCUGCUAAUCCAAAUGAAAGUAGUUUUUUGAGUCAUGAAAUUAUUUUUUGUAUUACAAGAAAUUCACUACUAGAUAAAUAAUAUUUAAAUUCUCUUAAGAGAAUGGUUUCUGAUUAUUUUUGUUAAGACUUAACAAAUUUUAAUCAUAAGAGUUUGACAGUGGUCCUUUAACACUACUUGGAUUAACUAUUUGAAAAAUGCAUUGUAAGUUUAAAUACUGUGUCAUGUGAACGUUUAGAACUAUGUUGAUUUCUUAGUAACAUCUAAAUAUAUGUUGAUGCAGUUUUCAAUAGACUGGGGAGUUGAUAUAAAAAUCAGAUGGGAAGUUUUGUUCUGUAAUCUGUCAAGGCUGUUACAAUGUUAAACUACAGUUUGCACAUAAUUUUUUUUCAUGUAUUAUCAUAAUAAAAUAUUAUAAUCCUAUGCACUUAA